GUUAACUACCUUGAAAACCAGGUAUUCUUUACUAUUCUAUAAUUUAUGACACUGGUGAAGUGAUUGAUUGAGAAUAUAUGCAGACUACAUUUUUUUUCCUACUACUAUGUCAAUUUCAUGUGGACGCGUAUUAUUAAAACAAAAAUGUCAAUUGUAGGGACAUAAGUCUUACGCUCACAUUUGUUUUACUUGUUUGUUGUCGAUCAUAGGGAAAUACUACUUACGGGCUAUCAUUUAUCGUGUAAAAAUAACUAAUAUAAUUUGAACACGACGUGAUUUACUGAGAAGGGUCAAUUUUAUUAACUACUAAGAAAACCUUGGAAAAGACAUGGCAAAACUUUAAUGUUAGCCUGUCAAUUCUAAAAUGUUAGAAAGAGAAUUAGAUUACCCUCAAUUAAAAAAUGUUAGAAAGAGAAUAGAUUAAUAUUGUAAAAUGAAUUUAUUCCAUUUUUGAAGUUAGAGUGAAGACAGAAUCAACCUGUAGCUCUAAGCAUCGAGGACUUUAUUUUUUUAUUAGAAAUUCUUGUCCAUAUCUUGUUUGUAAAUAAACUAAUGGUGGUAUACAUUUCUUGUUUUGUUUUCACCUUUUUUUUUUUUUUUUCUAUAUUCGAAUAAUGUGUUAUAAUCCUUCUUUUGUUGCCUCUUUUCCGUGGAAAAUUGGAGAUUCACGGGGAGAAGAAUGAUUUCUAUUUGAUGAUGAUUAUAAUAUUUGUUUUCUUUUUAUCAUCAUUAUUAGGAAGCUCAAGUUUUGUAUGGUUAAUUAACGAAAUUUAUAGCAGUUCAGAAUUCCAUUUUUAUCGGAAAAAUUGAUCAGUUCUAUCAAGGAUGGAAUGGAGCAGGGGCUCUGUUCAAGUGAUGUCUAGAUUGCAUUCUCCUAAGGUUCUGCAUUUGUUAGGUGUUUUGCACACGUAUUCUUAUGAUAUAAGGUUAGGAGUUAGAAACAACCACGUUUAAGAUAAUUGCAUCGGUAGCAACGAGGAACUUUUAUCUGAAUUUAACAUUGUUAUCUAUGAAAAUAAUGAAAAGAUACUAACAAAAACACCAUAAUGUGCCUAGAAACCAAAAAGAGCAGAAACAGAGAAGACAAUUAUCUUCUUCAAUUUUCAUUUCCACAAGGAGUUUGUUCAGCUCAUGGAUAGUCAAUAUUAUUAAUUUGUUAAUUUUGAAUUUCUUGUUUUUGAUUUUGGAGAAUGUGAUUUUCUGUUAGCAGUAUAUGGAUUUCUUGUAUAAACUAUUGUCAUGAAGAAAAAAAAAAGAAGAAGGGAAAACGCUCGUUCCUCAAUCUUCUAAGUUAUAUUUAGUUUAGAACCUUAGUAUCUAAAUUGAAGAGUACUUGUAUGCAAGAUAAAGUAAUCAUUUUGUUUAGCUCCAACACACUCAAAAUAAAGUACCUACGCAUAAGCCACAGAACCAUUAUUAUUCACCUGGAAAUAACUUUAUUUACUAUAACAGUGAAAUUUAUACCUUAAACAUCAUGUCUCAUGCUGUGUUUACCACGUUCGUCGUUAUUAUUGUUGACAAAAUAUCAAGUAGAUCAAGAAUACUUGGUGCUCAAAAAAAUGAAAAUUUUGGCAUGCACUAGGAGUUUGUGACAUUACAAAAAAUGGAAGUUUGUGAAUAUUGAGUUUGUGACUAUAGGAACAGGCUGUUGAUCAAGAUGUUUAUAAGUUUUAACAAGAAAAAAAACUUAGAAAACAUAGCUGCAUUUUGGAAGUAUCGAAAAUCUAUCCUUCUUGUUCUUAUAUGCAAAAUCGGCCGAAUAUACCCCUUUAUGCAUAAUAUCGCACCAUAAGAUUUUCAUACUAUAAUUUGAUACAAUUAAGGAUUUCCCAAAUUCAAAUUUCUGUAAUAUUGUCCUUGUCUUGUUCUGUCCAUCAUUCUUAUUAAUAACCCUCUCCCUUCAUUGUGUCUUAGCAGUUUUUUUCCAGCAAAUAUUAGUACCUAUAGCUAGCUAUGGCUAAAGAUCAAUUGGAAGUGCUAAAUGCACUUGAUGUGGCCAAAACACAGUUGUACCAUUUCACAACAAUUGUUAUUGCUGGAAUGGGAUUUUUCACUGAUGCAUAUGACCUUUUCUGCAUUUCACUUGUCACCAAAUUACUCGGUCGAAUUUACUAUCAUCAUGAAGGUGCACCAAAACCCGGAAUUCUCCCCCCUGGUGUCUCAACUGCAGUGAAUGGCGUCGCGUUUUGUGGGACCCUCUCAGGGCAACUGUUUUUCGGGUGGCUAGGUGAUAAAUUGGGCAGGAAAAAAGUUUAUGGAAUGACCCUUAUGCUUAUGGUUAUUUGCUCGAUUGCCUCGGGACUUUCUUUUGGUAAGACACCUAAUGGUGUUAUUGCCACACUUUGCUUUUUCCGGUUUUGGCUUGGUUUUGGUAUUGGUGGCGAUUACCCUUUAUCUGCAACGAUUAUGUCUGAAUACGCAAAUAAAAAGACACGUGGGGCUUUUAUUGCUGCGGUUUUCGCUAUGCAAGGUUUUGGGAUUUUGACAGGUGGAAUUGUUGCACUUGUUGUUGCUGGUGCAUUUAAAAAUGCUUACCCUUCACCAAUUUAUUCAGUGAAUGCUAAAGAUUCAACACCCCCUGAAGCUGAUUUAGUCUGGAGAAUUAUUCUCAUGUUUGGCGCUAUCCCAGCUUUGCUUACUUAUUAUUGGCGUAUGAAGAUGCCUGAAACAGCCCGUUACACAGCCUUAGUUGCCAAAAAUGCUUCUAAGGCUGCAGCCGAUAUGUCCAAAGUGUUGAAUGUUGAAAUUGAAGCAGAAAAAGAUAAAAUUGAGAAGAUUGUUGAAGAAAAGGGGAACAAUUUUGGUUUGUUUACUAAGCAAUUUCUUCGUCGCCACGGGCUUCACUUGCUAGGAACAACUAGUACAUGGUUUUUAUUGGACAUUGCUUUCUAUAGUCAAAAUCUUUUUCAAAAGGAUAUUUUUAGUAAAAUUGGAUGGAUCCCUCAUCCAGAAACGAUGAACGCGUUGGAUGAGGUUUUCAAGAUUGCAAGGGCACAAACUCUUAUUGCUCUUUGUAGUACUGUUCCUGGUUAUUGGUUUACAGUUGCAUUUAUCGAUAAAAUAGGUCGAUUUGCAAUUCAAUUGAUGGGAUUUUUCUUCAUGACGGUGUUCAUGUUUGCCUUAGCCAUCCCAUAUAAUCACUGGACUAAAAAGGAAAACAGAAUUGGUUUUGUGAUCAUGUACUCACUUACCUUUUUCUUCGCGAAUUUUGGUCCAAAUGCAACUACAUUUGUUGUACCCGCAGAGAUUUUUCCAGCUAGGCUAAGAUCAACGUGCCACGGGAUAUCAGCUGCAGCUGGAAAAGCUGGAGCAAUUGUUGGGGCAUUUGGAUUUUUGUAUGCUGCUCAAUCCACUAAUCCAUUAAAGGUUGAUGUAGGUUAUCCAACUGGUAUAGGUGUGAAAAAUACACUUCUUGUUCUUGGUUGUGUUAAUUUACUUGGAAUGUUAUUUACAUUAUUGGUGCCAGAAUCCAAGGGAAAAUCAUUGGAGGAAAUGUCAAAGGAAAAUGAGGGAGAAGAACAAAAUUAUGGAACAGAAACUAAGGGAGAAAAUGCACAAACAGUUCCAGUUUAAUUGAUGUUGUAACAUUUUUUUCCCUUUGAACAAAACAUCAUGAGAUAGAGCAAGAUUUGAGGCUUUUAAUCAGCUUUGUUCUUGUUUGUAUCUUAAGAUGAAAUAAUCAUCUACAUUAUUUUUGCUUUAUGGUUCCUUUUGUGUAUUUCUUUGCAGAUGCAGGAGCUUUUGAUUUUCUUUUCUUUUGCUUUUUAUCUUUGUUUGUUUUGUUUAUUGUGAAUUUUGGUUGCUCAUGUUUUGCCACUAUUUGUUUUGUAUGGUUUUCCAUGGAAAACUGCUUAUAAUGAGAUGUUGUCUCCCUU